AGGCUAUUUUUGCGUAGUCAUGCUGAGGAAUGGGGUUAUGAUGAGAACAAUACAGCUGAUUCCUGGGACUUGGCAUAAACCCUCAAAUCAAUUUACCAGAUAACCCCUUUUCCCCAUAUUUCUGUACUGUUUUAUUUACUUUUUAUCAUCGUUAGUCAGCUCAACAAGUCCUGCUGCCACCUUGAGGACUGCAUUUGGCCAAACUGCUCAAUCUUAUUUCGUCCUAACUUCCAGGAAGAGCAAUUGAUUUGAAGCCUGGUCACAACCAUCAUCAGCACAUAGUGAUGUGGGUCUUUGGAUAUGGUUCGCUGAUUUGGAAGGUGGACUUUCCAUAUGAGAAGAAAGUGACCGGGUAUAUACGUGGGUACAGCAGGCGCUUUUGGCAAGGAAGUGAAGAUCAUCGAGGGGUGCCUGGUAAGCCUGGACGAGUAGCAACCAUCGUUCCUGCACAAGAUGAAAAUGACAGAGUGUGGGGAGUUGCCUACAAGAUCCCAUCUUCUGAAAUUCCAGCGGUAACGAGUCAUUUAGACUUCAGGGAAAAAGGUGGAUACAAACAAGCAACUGUAACCUUCUACCCUAGAGUUAAUACUGAUGAACCAUUUGACCUCACACUGUAUGUUGGAACUGAAGACAACCCAUUUUACAUAGGGCCGGCUCCUGUGGAAGAAAUGGCGAAGCAGAUUUUCUACUCCUGUGGCCCAAGUGGCAAUAAUAAAGAUUACAUCUUUAAUCUUGCCGAGGCUUUGAGGAACAUUGCUCCAGAGGCUGAAGACAACCACCUGUUUUCUCUGGAGCAAGAACUUUUACGUUUACAACAUGAAGAAGAUAGGAAAGACCACUGUUUGUCAUAGAAUUCUGCCUUGAAAUGUACCAGUUCAUAAUAUGGUCAUAUUGAUAGUGAUGAUUACAGCAAAUUUUCCAAAUUUCUUUUGUGCACCUCUAUUGCAAUAGAACUUUGUAAUCUCAGUCACUUUGUUAUAUAUUCUUUCUUUUUAACAGCAUUUAUAAUCAUGUGAAGGUCAGUAUACUUGUUACAACCCCUACUAAUUUCUCAUGGAAUAGGCUGGUGUUGACUUCUUUCCAGGUGCUUACUUCAGGUGAUUGAUUGAUCCUUUCCUAAUCACUUUUGCUCUAAUUUAUGGUACUCCAAUUUCAUACAUUUCUAUUCUCUGGGCUAGUAAUAAAGUAUGUGUCGCACAAAUUUGUACUCCGGGAUUGAAUGUGUGGUUGGUUAUCAAUGGAUUUGUGCUUAUUUUGAAAGACUAUAAAACAGGUAAAAGUGUUUGUGAGAUGAAACCAACAUCUGUUGUACUUUGUAGUGAAUAUUCGGUAUGUGAGGCGAAUCCUUCAUGAAUGUGUACGUUAAGUUGGUGGAGUCUUAUUUAUUACCCAUAUGUUUUAAAACCUGUGAUAGCUUAUGGUAAAACAGGUGUUAGUGAGGCAAAACCCUGAUCUUUCUCUUGUCUAAUGGUGAUACACUGCAUUGGAAUGCAUUAAAAAUCGUUCAGCAAAGAUACCUUUUUUUAAUGAUUUUUUAAAUUUUUCAUGGCUCCUGUGCAAUUGUGCAAGAUAUAUACAUGUAUAAUAUUGACUACCGGUACCUUCGUGUAAGACUCAGACAUAAGCCAUUUUGAAAAGUGACAUAUGACAGUCUUACAUUGAGUAGUGGAUAUGUCCAUGAUAUAAUCAGUCUGGUUUUUUUUAGUAUGAACAGCAACAGAGAGUUCUUAUAAAGGAUUUUAAAUUGCCCAAUAUAAUUGUUAAUAGCUUGCUCCACAGUUCCUUGUGAUUGAUAUAAAAUGAAGACAACUUAAAGAACCAACAACUCAAGCAUGUGGCAUUGUUAGUUUACUGCUAUUUUUGGAGAUCAUUUUUAAGGUACAGUGGAAUCCUGUUAUAAUGAGAGGGAAGGGACUGGUGCGAAAUGUCGGUUAAAGCAGGAUUCUCGUUAUAAGGGAUCCAGUAAUAAAUUCAAUGGAAAUAAUAAAGUAGGCCUAAUCUACGA